AUGCAAAAAUUCAUAGCACUAUUGACCACCGUAACUUGUACCGAAGAACUGGACGCGUUCAAUGCUUUCGUAAAGAAAGUCCACAUUAACGCGUUACAUAGGAAUAUUAAUGCAAAACAAAGUAUUCGGAUUGGAAUAUCCUCACAUACCCCAAUAUCACUACCACCAUUCUUCGUACAUCCUACUAUAAAAGUCUCUUUCAGAAUACUGUCACAUAAAUAUUCAGCGAAAAGUUUUGUUCGCGUAUCAGUGAACAACUUUGCAAACACUGAAGCUAAUGCUGCAAAAGACCCAGAAAGUAUUGACAAAGGACCAAAAUCAAACCCAGGCGAAGGACACAUUAUCUGUGAACUAUCAAAGUGCAGUGUAAAGCCAGUAUUUUCCACGUAUCGUGCUUCAUAUCCUUUGAAAUUUAUUUCUCCACGUACUCACUCACCUCACUUGGCAGCCGUUUAUCUUUUGACAUAUGGCGGAGGACUGGUGUCGGGUGACGUGAUUUCUGUGAAGAUCGAGUGUUUGGAGGGGGUUAAUUUAAUGCUGCUUACUCAGGGUUCGACAAAAGUGUAUAAAAAGCGAAACUUAGGACAACAAAAACACCCAAGGAAUUAUAGUGUGGCAGUCAAAGAAGACUUGAAUGCGCCACCAAUUUCACCAAAAACAGUAAUACCAUCAUCAUCAUCGUCGACAUCCACCACACAACAAAAGAUUAAUGCGCGCAUUCACAAAAAUUCCCUACUACUUCAACUUCCAGAACCGACGACAUGUUUUCGCGACUCUGUGUUCACACAACGACAAACAUUCGCGCUGGAAGAUGAAACCGCGUCAAUCGUCUGUCUAGACUGGUUUACGAGUGGUCGAAUGUCACGCGGUGAAAAGUGGGAAUUUUUGCGAUAUGAGUCCGGUGUUGAUAUUCUUGUUGAAGAGGAAUUGGUGUUUCGUGAUGUGGUCUCGUUAGUUCAACGACAUCAGAAUAAUACCACAGUUUUUUCUUUUGAUGAGAUUACACAUAAUUUGAUUAAAGAUCGGUUAGAGCCGUAUCAAUGCUAUGCAACUUGUGUUAUUUAUGGACCGAGAGUUCGGAGUUUGAUGCGGCAUGUACUUGAAGAAUUUGAUUCGAUUGUUGUGAAUAAAUCAACGAGACUACCGGAAUUGAUUUGGUCGGCUUCUGUAUUAUCAUCGAAUAGCGAUAAUCGUAACCGUGGCGAUAGGAAUCAUAGUAAUCAAAGUAAUGAUGAUAGCAAUCGUAGUGAAAGUGAGGAUAGCAAUCGUAGUGAAAGUGAGGAUAAUUUGAGAGGUCUAGUUGUUAAAGUGGCAGGAACCGCUACCGAGAUGGUCAGAAAUUUUCUGUGUACUGUUGUGUUAAAAGGGUUAGAUGGGAUUGUUGGUGAUGAUCUUUUUACGCAAUUUCGAUCGUAA